GUCCGGCCUAAUUUUCCUGUCGAUUUUAUUAUACGGGACGAAUACUUCGGCUGGUGCGGCGAUUUACCAAACCCAAUUACAAUACUGUUUAUACCGCGGUAUUAUACCAUACGAGAGAGGACGACGGAUAAACGCAGGGUAAAUAAUAACGUGGCGGAAAAAGUUAAAAAGAUACAGGUUUAA